CAUCGCGGUUCACAUAGGGAGGUGUCUGAUUCGAUAGGUGUGUUGACUACAAUCUUCACCUCCUAUGGGUAUGAGGCGACCAGGCUCUUAUUAAUACGAGCUGCAAGACCAAUUCUCGCACUGAACUUUCGUACCCCCUAUGAAGUAUAUCUGCGUGUACCGAUGUGUCCUGCAUUAAGCAGGGAAUUCUUUGUUUCUCGAGACACUUUGUAUGCCCGCCUGCCCCGUGGCAUCGACAAAUCUGACCUAGGAAGCAGAGGAGAGGGCCUCGAGGGCGUACUAGGUUUAAUUCCCCUGCUCCACAGGGCCACAUUUUGA